AGAAAGCAAAAAAAGGAAGAAGAAGGAGGGAAAAAAAACCGAUAAGCUGGUUUUGUUGCUGAUUUUGCAACGCAGAUUUGCAGUAGGUUUGGGGGCGGUUUGAUCGGAAAACCGGCCCGACCGCCUGUUGCUCACCCUUAGCAAUGAACAAAACUACGAAUAUAUAAAGAUUCGAAGUUGCUGACUCCGGCGACUUGACCAUCCUCGAUUCUCUCCGAUCCCAUUCGCAUUCCCUCCGGUUAUUCUCCGCCGCGCUUUUCCGGCUACGAAGACGAUCAAGCACUCGGCAGAAAUCGGCCUACUUUGAUCCACAGUUUCACGUCCUGAUUUAAUCGAGCAUUCACCGAAAUGAAAUGUGCAAAGUGAAUCGGUAGAUCAAAGUGUAAAAACCAUAAUGAGGGGUGGGUGGAGUGUAGGUUUUACGAAUUGGAUAUUGAUGAUUCUUGAUGAAGCUUACAGAUUGGAUUCGUUUGAAAGAAAUUGGGAGGAAUACUUUGUGUAUCAGCGCAAUAUGGAUGGCCCGAGGAGUUAUGUCCCUCCUGCAUAUGUUCCAAUAAGCCAGUCUGAUUCAGAAACGGAGAUUAUUUCCAGAGACGAGAGCAACCCCACACCUAAUCAACUCAAGGAUGGAUUGUCACAAUGGUCGUCUGGAAUCUGUGCAUGCUGCGAUGAUAUGCAGAGCUGUUUUAUUGGCCUUUUUUGUCCAUGCUUUCUGUUUGGGAAGAAUGCAGAACUUUUGGGCUCUCAAACAAUAUUUGGGUCAUGCGCAACUCAUUUCAUUUUGUGGGCACUUACAAAUACCGUCUGCUGCUUAUUGAGUGAUGGACUUUUGUGGAAUGUACCUGGAUGCUUUCUUGCAUGUUAUGCCUGUGGCUACCGCAAGGCCCUACGGUCGAAGUACAAUUUGCCAGAAGCACCUUGUGGAGACUUCGUGACCCACUUUUUCUGCCAUUUUUGCGCUAUCUGUCAAGAAUAUAGGGAGAUUCGUGAAAGAGCUGGUGGAUCCGGUUCCCAUGAGUUGAAUCUGACCGUUGUUACCCCGCCCACGACUCAAACAAUGGAAUCUAACCCGGAAACAUAGUUACAUCAUUGCUGGAGCUUCCGAGAAAUUCCGGUAAAUUAUCAGAUUGUUCUCUUAGUACAGAGUUCCUUCUUUCCCUCUUCUAUUCUUCUGGGAUUUUUCUGAGUUACUAAUUUUACUCUUAUUAUCAUGGGAUUUCCCCCCUUGCUUUAGUCUAGUUUAAUAUUAUUGUUAGAAAAUCAGUUAUAUUAGUAAUUGAUAAACUUUUGUUUAUUUUUUAUUCUUUGUAUUUCGAACAUGGAAACGGGAGAUGUAAUAUUUGGUAAGUUUAUAUUUAAGUCAUGUUGAUUUUA